UUUUUUUUUAAUAAUUACAAUACCUAAACCCAAGUUUCUAUACAAUUUUAAUACCCCAAGAGUCAUCAUAUAGAUUCUUGCUGUGAAAUUAGAAUAUUUAUUUGAUUCUAAUCGACAACAAAUAGCACCUGCACAUUGAUUAUCAUACAAGUUCCUCUGAAUGAAGGACCUCAUUAUAAAAUUUUUCUCCAUAUUGUACAGGGAAUACACGGGCAUUUACUAUUGUCAUAAUAAUUAUUAAUAAAUAAUAACCAGAAGACGAAGAAGAAGAAAAAAGAGUCAAACACAUAAUAAUACAAACUGGAGGAGCAAUAGCAAUGAAAAAAAAAAAAAUGCAAACCGAAAAACCACUUCAAUUAGAAAAUAUACAGGAAAACUACACUCCAAAAGAACUUGUAUCAUGUAUUCAUAAUCAAAGAGAUAUUGAAAAGUUUGUAAAUACAAAAGCCUUUCAGCGCAUCAUGACUUUUGUUGUAUUAUUAAAUGAAAGUGUAAUGAAGAAGAAAGUUUCUGAUCCUUGUCAAAUUUCACCUCAAACACAACAUAUAUUAGACAUGCUAGAUGAAUUAAAUUCUUGGAUUGAUGAAUUUCCUCCUUUAGAAAAUCCUCAAAGAUUUGGCAAUAAAGCUUUUCGAUUAUGGUAUAAUAAACUAGUGCACUCUUCAGAAGAAUUAAUGAAAAAAGCAUUACCAGAAAAACUACAUUUGGCUAUUCCUGAACUAUCAGAAUAUUUAAACAAAAGUUUUGGUAAUGAAACAAGAAUAGACUACGGAUCUGGUCAUGAGCUUAGUUUUGCUGCAUGGCUUGCUGCUAUUGCCAUGUUGGGUGGAUUUACGUCUGAUGAUUAUCAAGCCAUUGUAUUGAGAAUUUUUGUGAGAUAUUUAGAAUUAGUUCGUAGAAUUCAAAAGACUUAUACUUUAGAACCAGCAGGCAGCCAUGGUGUUUGGGGAUUAGAUGAUCAUCAAUUUUUACCUUAUGUUUGGGGAAGUGCUCAACUGAUUAAUCAUCCUAGAUUAUUACCCAAAUCAAUUUUACAAAGGGAUCAUGUUGAUGCUUUCGCCAAAGAGUAUUUAUAUUUUAGAUGCAUACAGUAUAUAUUAGAAGUGAAAAGAGGACCCUUUUUCGAACACUCGCCCAUGUUGAAUGAUAUUUCCUUUGUCAUGUCAUGGAGUAAAGUUAAUUCAGGCAUGUUAAAGAUGUAUGUAGCUGAAGUGUUAAAGAAAGUUCCCGUAGUUCAACAUUUCAAAUUUGGAUAUAUUUUCCCAUUUGAAACAGCCCAUUAAAAAAAAAAAAUAAUAAUAAUAACAAUAAUCGUGUGACUUUAC